AUGGUAUCAAACGUGGCGUCCAAUUGGCCAUAUGCAGGAGAAAGAAGGGCGUUGAAUUGGCCCAUUCAUGGUGGUAUUCUCGCCAAUUGCAUCACCUCCACGAUGAUAGUUCCGAAUGCAUUCAUGUUCAAUCCGAAGAUGUCCUUGCUGGAAUCGAUCAGAACGUGUCCGAGGUCCCCAUUUGCUUUCGGCGUUUACACAUCUGGAAUUUCAUUCUAUAUGAUGCGCCAGCAUGCUGCUGUUGUGCCUGAUGUUUUCUCUGAACAUAAGCCAUGCAGUUCAUGUGUAUUGAGCAAAAACGUGGCGAUUGCUCUCAGCACUGGUCUCGUCCUCCCACUCCUGACAACGCCAUAUCUCUGUCAUUAC